CGCCACGCCUGCGCGUUAGAGCUCGCGCUCGGCGUCCUGCGCUCCUGGUAGGGUCCUGGCUGCCCCGCGGCGGCUCCAUGGCGGACUCCCGGGCCGAGUCGGAGCCCCUCUUGAGUCGGGCCCGGGGCGGCAGCGGCCGAGACUGCCUGGAGGGCUCAGCCGCUUGCCGCAGCGUCCGCGGCGGCCCUGGCGCUCGGUCCAGGCGGGAUCUCUGCUUUGACCAGGCUGCUGUCUUCAUCGAAGAUGCGAUCCAGUAUCGCUCCAUUAACCACCGCAUGGACGCCAGAUCGGUGUGGCUUUACCGCUUGUAUUACUCAAACACGUGCCAGUGGAUAUUGAGCUUCACCAUUUUCUUGAUCCUGUUUUUGGCUUUUAUUGAGACCCCUUCCUCGCUCACUAGCACCGCAGACGUCCGCUACCGCUCGGCCCCCUGGGAUCCACCCUGUGGCCUGACCGAGAGCGUCGAGGUGCUCUGCCUGCUGGUCUUUGUGGCUGACGUCUCUGUGAAGAGCUACCUGGUUGGGUGGGCCCAGUUCCGGAUGAACCUCUGGCUGCUGGCCUACCUUGCAGUGCUGGUCGUGUCUCUUAUGGACUGGAUCGUGUCGCUGAGUCUGGUUUGCCAGGAGGCUCUGGAUGAGCCUCAGGAUCCCCGACCUGGACCUCCCUGCCCCUCUGCGCAGCCGCACCCCAGGUGGUCCUUGGCAGUCGGAGCGGUGCGCGCCCACCGGCACCCCACCCUGCUUUUCAUGAAUCUUCCGCCCCUGCGGAUUCGUAGGCUUUUGCGCCCCUUUUUCUUGAUGCAGAACUCAUCCAUGAUGAAGAAGACGCUCAAGUGUAUCAGGUCUUCGCUGCCGGAAAUGGCCAGUGUCCUGCUGCUGUUGGGGGUCCACCUGUGCGUCUUCACCAUGUUUGGGAUGCUGCUCUUCACAGGCAAGGAGCAGGGCGACGGGCAGGACCGGGAGAGGCUGAUGUACUUUCGCAACCUGCCGGAGGCUCUGACCUCCCUCCUGGUGCUGCUGACCACCGCCAACAACCCCGACGUUAUGACUCCUGCGUAUUCCAAGAACCGGGCCUAUGCCAUCUUUUUCAUAGUCUUCACCCUGAUAGGAAGCUUGUUCCUGAUGAACCUGCUGACGGCCAUCAUCUACAAUCAGUUCCGGGGCUACCUGAUGAAGUCUUUCCAGACCUCCCUGUUCCGGAGGCGGCUGGGAGCCCGGGCCGCCUAUGAGGUCCUCUCCUCCAUGACAGCAGAGGGAGAAGCCCACCGUCAAGAAGUCGGGGUGAGGCCCCAGGACUUCCUGCAGGUGCUUCAGAAAGUCCAGCUGGACAGCUCCCACAAACAGGCCAUCGUGGAGAAGGUGCAUUCCUACGGUGGCGACCUGUUACCAGCUGACGAGUUUCAGAAACUCUUCAAUGAGUUUGACAAAAGGGUGAUUAAAGAGCCCCCACCACGGCCCGAGUACCUGUCUCCCUUCCUGAAGAGUGCCCAGUUCGUUUUCAGCCACCGUUACUUUGACUACCUGGGGAACCUCAUCGCCCUUGGGAACCUCCUGUCCAUUUCUGUGUUCCUGGUGGUAGAUGCAGACGUGCUGCCCGAGGACCGUGACGACUUCAUCCUAGGGAUUCUCAACUGUGUCUUCAUCCUGUACUACCUGCUGGAGUUGCUGCUGAAGGUGUUCGCUCUGGGGCUGCCGGGGUACCUGGCCUACUCCCGCAACGUGUUUGAUGGGCUCCUCACCGCCGUGCUGCUGGUUUUGGAGAUCUCAACUCUGGCCGUGUACCGAUUCCCACACCCAGGCUGGAAGCCAGAGAUGCUGGGCCUGCUGUCGCUGUGGGACAUGGCCCGGCUGGUGAACAUGCUCGUCGUGUUCCGGUUCCUGCGCACCAUCCCCAGCGUGAAGCUGAUGGCUGUGGUGGCUAGUACUGUCCUGGACCUGAUCAGAAACAUGCGGGCUUUUGGCGGGAUCCUGGUGGUGGUCUACUAUGUCUUUGCCAUCAUGGGCAUCAACCUCUUCCGUGGUGUCAUCAUGGCUCCUGGAAACGGCAGCCUGGCCCCUCACAACAGCUCUGCACCCUGCGGAAGCUUCGAGCAGUUGGAAUACUGGGCCAACAACUUUGAUGACUUUGCGGCCGCCCUCAUCACUCUGUGGAACGUGAUGGUGGUGAACAACUGGCAGGUGUUCCUGGAUGCCUAUCGGCGCUACUCGGGCCCGUGGUCGAAGAUCUACUUCGUGUUGUGGUGGCUGGUGUCGUCUGUCAUCUCGGUCAGCCUGUUUCUGGCUCUGAUUCUGGAGAAUUUUCUUCACAAGUGGGACCGCCGCAGUCACCUGCAGUCCCUUGCUGGGGACCCGGACACCACCUGUCAGAGGAGCGUGGAGCUCUUGUUUAGGGAUGUCCUGGAGGAGCCGGCGGAGGAGGAGCUGAUGGAGAAGCUGAGCCAUCACCCGCACCUGCAGCUGUGCAGGUGACAUCCAGGUGCACCGUCCCGUGUGGCCUCAGGACCCACGCCCGUUGUGGGAGGAAGCGGCUGCAGCCCGGAAGGAGUGACUUUCCCUUGGACGGAUGGACCUACUCCACCCGCCUGAGGCUGGGGCAGAGAGCGGAGGCCCUGGCUCGCCGCCGAGCCGAACCACUAACUACCACCAGCUUUUCUUUGCGGCGGGGGGCCGCCUGUGCUCUGCGUGGCAUCUGCGCCACACCAGUCUCUCUCUAAGCUGCUUCGGGGAGGCCUCUCUGAAUACUGGAAGAGCGCGACUCCAAAGGGACCUGCAAGACCGUCGGAGAAGCAGGAAGCUGCGGCCUGCCUUUCGGGCUCUGUGAUUUCCGUGGUGCCUUCACUGCUGGCGGCCUUCAGGGACCAGAGGCCCACCCGGGGCUUGCACAGGCCAAGCAGCAGCUUUCCAGGGCAUUAAGUUUGGGAUCCUGGUGGUUUUACAUGAGGAGAAUCUUAACUGUUUUUUUAUUUUAUGGCUUGUGUGCGUGUGAUUGCGUGUAUUUCUUUAUGGGUCAGAAUGCCAAUGAUUUUUCAUCCUGAAGUCUUGCAAAGAAUGAGGUCGUCAUUCUUAUUGAGACACAAUUCCUGCUUCUCUGGAAUAGGGUGACCAGGUAAGGUUGUUCAGGUUGUGCACUACAAACCUGGCUGCAUGGGUGUGUCCAGCCACUGGGAUGUGUCCCCAAGGUGAGGGCUAUCUUUUUCUAAUUUGCAUAAAGGCCCGUAGGAGCCGGUGGUGGCUCUCCUUUAUGUGUUCACGGGAUGUGUGGCAGAGGAGUCUAAUAGGUCAGGGAGGAGGGAACGUGAAUAAUGUGUGCCGGCCACAUUGCCGCUUGAGCCACCAUGGGUCCAGAUUCACAUGGUUUUCUCAUUUCAAGGGCCAACUCGGGUGGUGGGUGGGAGCUCCUGGAGGUCUCUGUUGAGGACUGGAAUCCUCAUGGACAGUAAUGCUGGGAUUGAUUAGUGAUGUCUGCUGUGGGUACUGACUGGAAGGGGGUGGAGGGUAAAGAGAGAAUAGGUGCGGACUGCACUGUGGGAAGUGACCGCCUCCGUCUUCCCAGCUUGUCUGGGAGGUGGCAUUAGAGGAAAGUAACUAGAAAAAGGAACUUCUAAAAUGUCAGGAAACCCCAGUGCUCCGGGUUAUGUUUAACGUAUCCACGUACAUUGUAGUUUCUGAUCUUGGAGUUCGUCUGAGAUCCUGGGACUUGACAUGCUUACCCCUCAGAUUUGGGGGAUCUUUGGGCAUAGAGAGGACACUUCCAGACCUGUCCCCUCUGCACGCUGCCUUCCAGGGAGGCUGGUUUUGAGUGGGGAGCACCUCGUGGAGCAGUGGGUUAGAAGUCUGCACCCAGCUUGCCUUGGCAGAGCUCUGCUCACCCUGGGGACAAGGGUGAGGCCGCCCUGGUCAGCCGCUGGGUGCCCCUGCUAUCCUGCCACCCCUUCAGCCCCUGCCUCCAAGGUCUGAGCGCCAUCUGAUGGCAGGAUCGGAUUCACGUGUAAUGCAAGCUGGAUCCCAUGACCCUCAGGAGGAGCUCACUGCUUUUCCCAGGCCAGCUGGAGGUGGGGAGCCUGGCCUCACUGGGCCGCAGACUCGGCCACCUGCAGUGAGCCUCGUUCCAGUGGGCACUUGCCAGGUAGGAUGUCAGGUUCUCUGCCCUGCCUUGUGUACGUCCCUGAGGGUCUUCUGCCUUCCCGUUUCCUGGCUUGUGUGCAGAGAAGCCCCCUCUGAUUAUUACUGUCACAUGGCACAGAGUUCUGGAUGACCCACGUUGGACUCUGAGAGACUUCAGAGGCUGGUUCUGCCCUCAGGAUGGGGUAACCAAAGCUGGGGGUCAUCGAGCUGGUGUCUUCCAACCACAAGCUGAUGUCUCUUGGAUGCCUUGAGGGGCACGGACUGUCCCCUCUUUCAGUUUCAAAUGGUAUUGGUCUCCAAGCCUUUGUCUCUGUGAGAAACAGGCUGAAUUCACGGUUGAGUUGGGGCUCAGGUUUUGGUUAAGGGGAACAGGGCUGCUGGGGGUCUUCGGGUCUGCGGGUGCUCCCGGUGCCCCGCUUCCUGUUCCCACCCCAGCCGGGUCCUGCACUGGGUUAGACCCAUUUGACAAAGAACACGUGCUCACGUCUCUCAGAUAAACCUUGCAGCUCUGGUGGGGCUCAUGUUUUCUGUGGCUGUGGGGGCUCUCUGGUCACCCCUGUGUACUCUGGCUGAGCAAGGGGUGCAGGGGGCUCAGCCCUGCUGGACCCUGGAGUCCCCCAGGGCUGUGCAGGAGUCUGGGACACCUGGAGUGGUAUUACUGCCCCCGGGGAGGUGGGAGGAGGCGACUUGGCUCAGGGGAGCCCUGUGACUUGGGUCAGGCUCCGAGGAGGGCCCUGUGCAUCCACAGGCCGGGGAGCCCUGGCCUGGGUGUCAGCAAGAAGCUGAAUGGAGGCAGCUGGUUUGGUGGAGG